CCUCUCACGCCAUAUCACAGACGGAAGUAGCGACUCAGUAAAAUAUUUCAACUCAACGCUACGUUGUCUGCUGUUGGAAAGAUGGAUACAUUAAUACUGGAGCCCUCGUUGUACACUGUGAAAGCGGUCUUAAUUAUGGACAACGAUGGAGAGAGACUGUAUGCCAAGUAUUAUGAUGACACAUACCCUACAGUUAAGGAACAGAAAGCAUUUGAGAAGAACAUCUUUAACAAGACACACAGAACAGACAGUGAAAUCGCUUUGCUUGAAGGUCUUACUGUUGUGUACAAGAGUAACAUAGAUUUGUAUUUCUAUGUAAUUGGCAGCUCACAUGAAAAUGAGUUGAUGCUCAUGUCAGUGUUAAACUGUCUGUUUGACUCCUUGAGUCAAAUGCUGAGGAAAAAUGUGGAGAAGAGGGCCUUACUGGAAAACAUGGAGGGCCUUUUCUUGGCUGUUGAUGAGAUUGUAGACGGAGGGGUCAUCCUGGAGAGCGACCCGCAGCAGGUGGUCCACCGAGUGGCUCUGAGGGGCGACGACGUGCCUCUGACAGAACAGACAGUCACUCAGGUGCUGCAGUCAGCUAAAGAGCAGAUCAAGUGGUCUCUACUUCGAUGAGACACCGCCGCGCCUCCCUCACACUGCGAUGAGGAGAAAGGCGGCACAAGUCACCUCUCAUCUUUUUCACCUCUUUCUUCCCCGUUCACCCUUCUGAACAUUCUCCGUGCUGUGAAAGUGUAGGUCCCCAGAAAGUCUUUUUCCGAAUGUCCCCUUACCUCAAGAUAAGACAGCUCAGCACUCGAGAGCUCAGAGCCCAGCACGCGGAGACGUCACGUAAUAAUGCGAACUGUGUCCUGCUGUAGACGUUUUGAUGAUCGGAUUGUCUUUUCUGUUCAUGUUGCCAUGGCUAUACCGUGUGUUUUGGUAAUGGGAGCAAGGAAGUAGCCAUUGUUGUGUGUCACUUUUUACCAGUCCAGGAUGAGACCCAGAGCUCUCGGUUGUUUUCUUUUCUUUUUGCUGGACCUGCCCAUUAAGGAAAAGUACCGGGGACUUUCUGAUUACCCCAUUUCAGUUGGUUUUUCGCAUGUGUUUGUCUGAGGGAUAUCACUGCUGUACUGUGUGACCUGAGAACAUGAUUCAUGUACAUUCCAGUGGUCGAGGCUAGCUUCUCUCUUCCCAGAUCCAAGUUAUGACUGAAAUAAAAAUGACCUUUUCAUCA